ACAGAUUCUCUCAUCUUGGCCGGAUUUAUUCACCGUCCCCUUCCGCUGGAGACAGACCGCGUUAUUGUGAAGCGUAAGAUUUUCCCACGGCGAGUCCAAUCGGGUUGCGGAGUGACCCCUCGGGAACUGAGAUUUGAGUUUCCAUCCGACUUCGAGGAAUGCACAGUGGCCUGGAGAAAAAGCUAAAGUAUUAAUAGAUACUUUGAGAAGGAAUCAGUGACGAGUUUCGGGUCUUUCUACUUGCUCCUUGGUAGAUAACAUAUUCACAUCUUCAUUAGAUAGUCACUGUGUGGAGGGAUUGAAAUGCGUCAUUAAUCACUGUUUUCCACCAUGGCAACUCGUUAAAAUGAGAUUGUAUAAUUUUCAUCUUUAUUCCUCAACCGCCAUAGGCCUUGUGAAGUUCACAAUGGAUAAAGCGUGAAUUGAAUUGAAAAGACGUCUUUAAUCGACCUCGCGUCUGAUUAAUAUAUUUCGGAUUGUGGAUAAUUAAUCGUAGCGAUUAUUUUUAAGUUCACAAAUCCACACAUAUUGUGUUACAAAUAAAUCAACGUAUUUUCAGUAUCAUCUUUAUACAUAACCAUGGAUGGGAUCACGGUUGGAGUAGUGCCCACUGUUGUUACAGAGGUGAACGUCUAUCAAACAGUGAUUGUCGACGUCACUCCAAACAUGUCGCUUCUGUCUCCAAAUGCCACUCGAGCAUUGCCUGAACUCGAAUAUUACACCCUUGAUUACAAGAUCAUAGCGACGAUAUUCUACUUGAUUCUAGGCGCAGCUGCAAUCAUCGGCAACGCGAUGGUGAUCAUUGUCGUCCUACGAGUGUCUCACAUGCGGACGCCGACAAACUGUUACCUGGUGAGCCUCGCUAUUGCCGAUUCCAUGGUCGGAGCCAUUACGAUCAUGAUGCAUUCCGUACCGGAGAAUCUGCUGCCAAAGAAUGCAUUCAUCUACGGUGCCGCCGGAUGUCACUCCAUCAUCGCCCUCGAGUAUCUGGCUUUCAAUGUAUCGGCUUUGUCAAUCACUGCUUUCACUAUUGAACGGUACAUAGCUAUAUGCCAUCCGAUGAAGGCCCACAUCAUCUGCUCCGUGUCAAGGGCCACUAAGAUCAUCAUAACUCUCUGGGUAUUCGAAAUCAUUUACUGCUCACAGUGGUGUUUCUUACUCGAGUACAGAGAACAGGAGUACGUCGGUGGACAUAUCUUUGGGCGUUGCUGGUAUCACAUGGACAAAGUAGCCUACAUCAAUGGUGUUUAUUUAGUGGACUGUUUCUUAUAUUACAUCGUUCCGGUUGGUGUUUGCAUCCCUCUGUAUGCGAUCAUUGGGCGGGUUCUCUUCAGAAGUACUAUGACACAGAAUGGCAUUAGGAGGGGCUACGAGGUUGGUUCGAGGGAGAAGGAGAAUGGAAAUACGACACGGUUGCGACUCAUGAAGUCGAACGAAGGCAGUAACGGAAGUAACUCACCGAGACGGUGUAAGGAUUCAGGAAGCACAGCUGUCUCCUCCAGAAAACAGGUAAUUAAGAUGCUGGUGAUAGUGGUUGCCCUGUUUGGUAUUCUUUGGGCACCUUAUCGGAUGCUAGUCGUCUUUAACUGGUUCAACACACCGGCCAAGCAGUACUAUAACGAAUGGUUCCUCUUCUUCUGCCGCACCUGCCUCUACCUGAACAGUGUGGUAAACCCGGUCCUCUACAACUUCAUGUCCAUCAAGUUCCGACGGGCCUUCACCAAGCUCUGCACCUGCCGCGGUAAGAACGACCGGUUGGCGGGUGGCCGCAGUAGCAUUGCAGGCAGCUUUACCGGCCAGCGCCGCACCAGCACUGCAUGUACCGCAGUCACUUCCAACGCCCACACCUUUUCCUGCUAACCGCAUAUCAUCCAUUCCAUGAUUAGGAAAGAACUAGUGAACUGUCGCUUUCUCUAUCUCUUCCUCGUGGCCAUUAUAAUCCUGCUUAUUAGUACUUUAUAUGAACGGUUGAAACAGCUAAUGAAUUGUUUCCUGUAGUGCAUUUACACUUACAUCAUUUAUCAUUCGAAUGCUUUCUUUCUUUCGUGGUGUGCUUUAGAAGUUAGAAUGAUUUGAUCUUAUGUGGACACACUAGAAUAACAACUAUUAAUCAGUGUUUAUCAUCUUAUACCGUCUGCCUGCCCGCCCUUUUUGUAUGCAUAAUAUAUAUAUACAUUAUAUCUUGAGCUCGCAUUGAAUUUCACAUCUAUGCAUGUCUCUUCUGAGUGAUUGUCAAUCUUGAAUGUCACGUUGAAAGCAGAUUAGAGGUGACCCCAUAUUUUGCUCUUGUGACAUUUGCUCCGAUCAUAAUAUCUCAGAGGGCAUAGGGUUACAGUUAGGAUUGUAAUAGAGUUUCUGGUUCAGAAUGAUGUAAAGUCAAUGAUUACGGUUGAUUUAGUUUUUGAGGUUAGAUUUUAUGUUGGCUUAACGUGCAAAUUUUCCAUCGGAGCAAUUGCCACCGUAGCAAAUGAUUACAGCGGCACGAAUGUCUCGCUCGUGUUUCAGGACACGGCUGCACACCUGUUAAACAUUGCAAAUGUAAGCAAAAGAUUAUGUGAUUGCGUUACACUCUCGGGUUGUUGCAAAUUGUUUUAUAGCCUUACGAUGCAUGUUUAUGAAUAUUCAUGGGUUGCAGUCUUUGGCAGAAUAAACUCUAUUUUGAUGCCGGGAAGAAAAUAUGACUGAAAAAACAACAUUUAGGAUCCCGCGAGCAUUCUAUUAAUCACGGUUGCUAAGCGCUUAUGGCAAUCAUCGAGCCCUAUUAUAGCCUACAUUUUACUCAAUAAUAUGUAUUUAUAUACAUAUGUCAUAGGUCAAUCUUAAAGUUUGGAUACGGCUUAAUUCUGGUUGUGAUAGCGGGAAAUAAUGAAUUGCAAUUAUAAUCAAUACGGGUGCAAUGAUAUUGACAAAAACCCGUCCCCAAUCUGUUACUGGCAAAGGACGACAACACGAGAGCACAUGCAGUGAUGGUUUGAUAAAAACGGAACAGUAUUUAACCAGAAACUUGCUUUCAGUUUAUUCUGAGUCUUUUCAGAAUGUUUCAUGUAUCAGGGGGAAAAUAGAUGUUACUAUAUAGAAGCAUUUAACUGAAAAGUUUCCCGCUUCUACGUAACAUCAAGAAAAUUGUCGUUUCAACCUAAAGCAUAUGACACAUUAGAACUUGUAUUAUACACACAUUUUUGCAUUAUUGAAAUAAAAUGUUUAUGAUGUCAUCGCGAUUUGUUAAUAUUUAAACAAAUUCUACGCACACCUUGUAUGAUGUAUGAAAUAUGAAUGACAAUUAACUUAUUCGAUAUUAUCCGUUUGUUGAUAAAUGUUGUAAAGGAAUAUUAUUAUAUAAAUUAUUCGUAAGAACGUGGGUCAUGUGUAUUUUUAUACGAUUUUCAUAUUAUAUAUAUAUAUACAUAACCACUUACAAUUAUUUUACGGACUAUGAAAAUAUGUAUUAGUAAAUUAGAAGUCAGCUAUUUUCAAUGGUUAGAGACGGAAUUCAGACAGUUUCAAUCUUUAAUAAUGCGUAUGUCCUGAAACAGUUACAAUGUAAAGGAUAUGCGUUUUGUUUGAUAAAUCUGGCGAUGUUACUUAAAAAACACAAAUUUCACCGGGUAACCAAUUUAAAGGAGAAUGAAACUCUAGGAGCAAGUUAGCUUUUGUGAAAGCAGAAAAAUCAAAGAAUAAGAUCAACAAAAGUUUGAGUAAAAUAGGACUAGCAAUAGAAGAGUUAUGAGCAUUUGAAUGUCGAGAUCACUAAUGCUAUGGAGAUCCUCCUAUUGGCAAUGCGACCAAGAUCUAAGAUGUCACAGAUGAACAACUCUCCCCUUUUGGACACUGAAAAUAUACUCCAAAACAUCUCUUUUUGAUCAUUACAAUCAUAUGACAAACGAUUCAUCAAUGAUAUAAUGUUGUGAAACCUUUGUACUUGUCCUCUCAUAAAGAGAACACCUCACCUUGUGAUAGACUCUAUAAAAGUGAGAAUAUAAGUGAAAUAAGUACUAAAGUAAUGAGGGAGUUGUACGUGUGUGACAUCACAGAUCUUGGUCGCAUUGCCAAUGGGAGGAUCUACAUGGCAUUAGUAAUCUCAAUAUUCAAAUGCUCAUAACUUUCUUAUUAUUCAUUCAAUCUUCCUCAAACUUUCAACAAUAUAUUUCUUUGAUUUUUCUCUUUGAUAUGGAUUCAGCUGGUUUCAAGGGUUUCAUUCUCCUUUAAACAAAAUAUCUGCCAAUUUUCCGUUUCCUUUUUAAACCACGUCUCAUGCGUGGAAUGGGCAAAACAUUGCAGGAAAUAAUCAUUGCCGGUAGCUUUAUGUUAUCCAAUCUCUAAAUAAGUUGAUUGAUGCUUAAAUACCAUAUAGUUAAAAGCUAAUGAGAAUAUGUCAAAAAACGUGGUGAUGGAUAUCCAAAGUUCAAAAUACAUUUUUGUUGUUCUUGGUUUUAUUUAAGGGAUCAAUGGAUGAAACGAAAAUAUCAACGGCCACUUCACCUUUAUGAUAUUUGAAUGUUAGAUGUUACUAGAACAUAAUUCACAUUAUUGAUCCUUGACCAAAGCUUUAGCCUGGCUUUAAAGACGAACCGUCAAAAGAAAAGCCGUUUUUAAGGUUUCAUAUCAUGACAGAAAAUCAUUUAAUCCUGGAUCAAUUGACUGUACUUCACUGAAAUAAUGGCUUUUACACAUUCAUUUUUUUCUAUAUAAUACUAGGGGAAAGAUCAUCGCAGCAAAUUAAGAAAAUUGUGGUAUAUAUUUAAUUUACUUAUUCACUACGAUUUUGGGAGACUUCAUACAAUAUUUCGCGGAAUAUGAUUACUGAAAUUAUAUUGAAAGGUAAUGAAGCUGUAGUUAAUAAUUAUGAAUUAUUUGAAAUUAAUAAUCAUGUCUAUCAGCUUUCAGUUUUCCCGUGUUCAUGUUCAAAGAAUGCGAAAGACAAUGAUAUUAUUACGAAGAUAAUCAAUUUCAAUAUUGUAUCAUAUUGCUUUUUCUGAAUAUAUAUCAAGAAUUGUUUUGCUCUUUAAUUUUGUUUAAAUAUUGUGUAUCAUUUUUUAAUAAGUUUUGGUAUUAUUCAACGCACGUUUGCAUUUUUAAUUUCUUCAUGUAAUGGACAUAUUCUCAAAUUUGGAAUAUGAAUCUCGUGUUUAUUGCAGCUUUGUUGAUCUGUUAAAAAAUAGGCCUACAUAUAUUUUAACCAAAUUCUGAUCCGAACUUUGUGUCUACUAUCGAAAGGAAAAUUAAUUACUGUAUCUUAAUGCGAAAUUUCACGCCUACUUGUGACAUAAAGCCAGAAAAAAAAUAGAAGUGUACCACAUACACGUGUGCACACAAAAAGGUCACCACCUCCAUUACAUACAUGAAAAUAUUGUGUUAGUUGUUAGUUGUUUUUCUUUUCUGUACACUGUUAAACAUUUACAUAUUGCAUGUAUUGCAAGUGUCUAUGGCUGAUUGAGUUUAUAUUAAAGAUUACGUAUGCCACACUAAAGUGUAGUUUAUUUCA